AUGGCGACGGCUCCUUCCUUCUGGGCUGCUGGCGGCAGCAAGAUCAAGUCCGCCGAGUCUCCAAACCCCAAGAUCGCAGAGGCGCCACCCAAGGCGAAGCCAGACCCUCAACAGAAGAAGGGUCUCGUACUGAAGGGCAUGACCAACGGCCAGUCGACCAACAGCGUAUCGAACGGUACCUACCCAAAGACCCCCAUUGGCAAGAAGACCAACUGGGCCGACGAGGACGAUGAUGAUAACACCUUCAUCGCCGAGUUCAUGAGCCAGGAUCCGAAGAUCGCCACACUCGAGACCACCAUUGCCCUGAAAGAGGAGCGUGUCAAAGAGUUGGACGCACUGGUCGAAACAAAGACGCUUCGUAUCGCCGAACUGGAAGGCGCAGUCCAAGACAAGGACGUACACAUUAGCGAUCUUGAGACGGAGGUCCAAAAGAAGGGUCUCGAGAUUGAAAAGCUCAAGAAGGUGAAUAGCGACCAGCUCGCUCACAACCAGGAGUUUCUGCGCGAGACUGAAGAGAAAGACCACCAGAUCAAGUACCUGAAGGCUGAGCUUGAAGAGAAGGCUUCGGCCAUCGGUGACCUCGAGCGCGAAAAGAAGGCUGCAACCAUUAGCAACCUCGAGCAGGAGUCGGCCGCACUCGUCCCGGUGCCCACAAACGACGAGGUGACCCCCGAGGAUGAGCCCAAGAACGUGGUGUCGGAGAGCAUCAAGUCCAACGGGACCGAUGUCGUUACCGAGGCGAAGACCAAGGCCAAGAAGACCGCAUCCGUGGCUUCUGACUCAGACAGCUUUGAGAUCGUUGAUGCCCCCGUGACCGAGGAAGCCAAGGACGAGAAGCCUGCAACCGUCGUCACUAAGCAGUCCGAGGAGACCGGAACGACAAAGAACGCCAGCGGUCCAUCGCUCGUCACAUCCACGUUUCCUAAUUUCGUGACGAAGGAGACACUGAAGGUCGUUCCUCCAGUCCCGAAGCCCAAGACCAUGACCUUUGGCAUUGAUAUGUCUAAGUACGGGAAGAAGCCAGUCGCGUCGGCUGCUGCGAAGAUUCCAGCUCCGUCGUCGCCCGCUACCGAGCUGAAUGGACAUACCACCCCCUGGGGCCACUCGUCCAGGCAGGCGCGUGACAAGGCCGGUACCAUGCCGGAGCUCAACCCUGCGGCUGACAUCCGUCACAUGUCACACGGGCAGCGCGUAGUAUUCGGUAAUGGUCCCGAAGUCAUUGUCAAGCUUGGAGAGGUGAAGUUAGCUAGUAUUCCUAAGUACGUCCUGAUGCAGUGCUCAGGCAAGGCUUACAAGUACUUUACCGCGAAUCCUGACGCUACUUCCUGGGUUCUUCCGGCUGAUUCGAUGGACGCUGAUGCUGCUACGGCGCAUCUGAAGUGGAUGGACGAGAUGACCUAUCAGAGCAGGGUCUACUCUGUCCGUCUCCAGACUGAGACGGUAUAUGACAAGAAGAACUUGCAUAUCUGCCGCGCUGCCCGUGUCUUGGGCCUCAACAACACGUACGUGGCCCAGUUCACCAAGCAGUUCUGCGAUAGGAUCCGUGCCCAGGACGUGUCCUUCGAGUUCAUGGACCUUCUUUGCCAGUUGGCAUACCCGGAGAACGACCCAGUGUUUGACUGCAUGGUUCAUAACCUUGUCAACCAGAAGAAGGUUGGAAACGCCAAGGGCGCAGCCGAUUUGGAGAAGCUGAUGGCCAAGCAUCAGUUCCUGAAGGAGAAGGUAGAGAAGAUCGAGAAGCGGAUCGGAGGUCGUCCACGCAAGACUUGGAACUCCCCCGAGGGCAGUGCUCGUGGUGGAAGCAACGACCGCAGCGGCAGCAAAGGUGGAAACCGUGGCAAGUCAGCACCGCGCAACCCGCCUGUCGCACCAGCGCCUGGUAACAAGCCAGUUACUCCUGCGCCGGGUGACGCAUUGUUCACCACUCUCCACUAG